GAGUGAGUAGGUAGGUAGGCGGGAAACUGAAACAAAAAUGUACGAAAGCAACAAUUUAGAGGGUUUACUACCUGAAGAUGUUGAAGAAAACAAUUCAUCUGUUCUGAAUAAAUCUUCCUUACAACAAUAUCGGCUAUCUUUUAAAAGCUCAAACAUCACAUCAAAUAUUUUACUUAAUGAUGCAUGGAGUGCAAACAAUGAGCGGUUUAAUGAGAAGACCAUAAACUGUAUCCUGAAUUCAGCAAAGGUACUUUUGCAGAAUGCUGAUACCAGUAACAUCAAGACUUGGAAAAGUAACUUGCACAAAUUCACAGAUUCCGAAUCUUUGCUUGAGAAGUCUCUGCUAACUUGCACAAAAUGCGACAACCAAGAUCACACUGGACUAGAAAACUUCCAUAAGACUGAAUGCAAAUGUGAUUUAGGAAUUAUACAUACUAAAAAGAAACAUGUAACCAACACAACAUAUUCUAAAAGCUCAUCAGAGAAAGAAAGUGCGGGAAACACAAACCAUUUUAUCCAGAACUACGACAGCUCAAGCCAGGAAGCUAAAUAUGGCGACGACAAGCAUUUCAAACCAAAAACACGCCAAAAAUUCAUCAGAAAUACAGACUCUAAAACUAUACAUCAAGAGCCUAAAGUCAUUCAACCAGAAGGCCAAAGAUUUCCAGAAUAUAAAUACACCACAGAAACAGAACUAGAUAAAGAAGAUGAAGAGAAUAGAGCGCAUAAGAGUAAUGUAGCUAAAAUUACCUUUAAAACUGCUAAAGAACAGUUGUUAGCUUCCAAUCCAGCUGCUAAGAGGACUCUAGGGGCUUCCAGAAAAGCGCAAGGAAAGUUUGUAUCGCCUAUGAUUGGAGCUCAAGACAACAAACAAGAAACCACCGAGCCCACUUAUACAGACGAAAGACUCAAGAAUAUAGACCCUAAAAUGAUUGAGCUCAUUGAAAGUGAGAUCAUUGAUAAAGGAACACCGAUCGGUUGGGAGGAUAUAGCAGGCCUUCAGAUGGCGAAGUCAGUGAUACAAGAAGCGGUGGUGUGGCCGCUGUUGCGACCUGACAUCUUCACGGGGCUUCGCCGUCCGCCUAAGGGCAUCUUGCUCUUUGGACCGCCCGGCACGGGGAAGACCUUGAUUGGUAAGUGCGUGGCGGCGCAGUGCCGGGCGACGUUCUUCAGUAUAUCUGCGUCGUCGCUGACGUCCAAGUGGAUCGGCGACGGAGAGAAGAUGGUGCGCGCGCUCUUUGCCGUUGCACGCUGCCACCAGCCCGCUGUGAUAUUCAUAGACGAGAUAGACUCGUUGCUGACGCAGCGCAGCGACACCGAGCACGAAGCCACCCGACGGAUCAAGACUGAGUUCCUCGUGCAGUUUGAUGGCGCCGCUACAGCGGAAGAAGACCGUAUCCUGAUAGUGGGUGCCACUAACCGACCGCAGGAGUUGGACGAAGCGGCGCGACGGCGCCUCGUCAAGCGGCUCUACAUACCGCUGCCUGAUGUACAAGCCCGCCAGCAGAUAAUCACAAACCUCCUUGCAAAUGAGAACAACGAGCUAUCCCCAGAAGAAAUAGAACAAGUGUCAACAUUAACUGAGGGCUACUCUGGGGCUGACAUGAAGUCUCUCUGCUCCGAGGCGGCUAUGGGGCCUGUACGCGCGCUGCCUCUGCAUCAGAUCGCUACCAUACAUCGAGACAGUGUCCGCCCCGUGUGUGCUCAAGACUUCAUCAACGCGCUACAAAGAGUGCGCCCGAGUGUGUCUCAAGACGAUUUAGGUCAAUACGUUAAAUGGAACGAAACUUAUGGACAUGGAAUGUAAUAAACAUUUGUCUUCAUAUAAAGCUUUUCCUUUUGUAUCUUUUGGUAGUACAAUGCAUUCAAUGAUGUAUCGUGGAAUAAACGUAAAUUAACUAA